CCUGCUGACCCCCGAGGAUGCAGUCCUGUCAGAUGAGGUUAAACACGCCUCCAUCAUCGAUGGCAUCCGUCUGUGCAAGGCCCAUAAAGUACCGCUAUCGCCACCUGGACAUGGCUGACCUAGAAGCCAAGCUGCAGGAGGCCCAGAAGCAUCGUCUGCGCCUGGUGGCCACCGAUGGGGCCUUUUCCAUGGAUGGUGACAUCGCACCCCUGCAGGAAAUCUGCCGCCUCGCCUCUCAAUAUGGUGCCCUGGUCUUUGUGGAUGAAUGCCAUGCAACUGGCUUCCUGGGGCCCACAGGACGGGGCACGGAUGAGCUGCUGGGCGUGAUGGACCAGGUCACCAUCAUCAACUCCACCCUGGGGAAGGCAUUGGGCGGAGCAUCAGGGGGCUACACGACAGGGCCUGGGCCCCUGGUGUCCCUGCUACGGCAGCGCUCCCGGCCCUACCUCUUCUCCAACAGCCUGCCACCUGCUAUUGUCGGCUGUGCCUCCAAGGCCCUGGACCUGCUCAUGGAGAGCAACACCAUCGUCCAGUCCAUGGCUGCCAAGACCCAGCGGUUCCGCAGUAAGAUGGAGGCUGCUGGCUUCACUAUCUCCGGAGCCAGUCACCCCAUCUGCCCUGUGAUGCUGGGUGAUGCCCGGCUGGCCUCUUGCAUAGCGGAUGACAUGCUAAAGAGAGGCAUCUUUGUCAUCGGGUUCAGCUACCCCGUGGUCCCCAAGGGCAAGGCCCGGAUCCGGGUCCAGAUCUCAGCAGUGCACAGCGAGGAGGACAUUGACCGCUGUGUGGAGGCCUUCGUGGAAGUAGGACGGCUGCACGGGGCACUGUCCUGAGUGCUGGGUGGGGACUAACAAAGCCAGGGUCCACUUACCACCACAGGGAUUAAGGAGGUCUUUGAUCAGCUGAGACCAGAGACUCUAAGCCCUGAGCCAAAGUCCUAGGGCCAGGCUGGGAUGUGGCCUGUUCACGUGGCUGUGGGAGUAUGAAACAACAACAUGAAAAUUGGCCAUGAC